CACUCGUCCUCGAAAUGAAGAGUAACCUUAGAUCGUGGAGAAAACAGCGCGUGGUUGGGCGCUUCCAUUGCAGUUGCAGACACAUUGCUCCUUGGUAGUACAUACUCAACUUGGUACUGAGCGCCUUCUCUUGCGAGUGAAAACCAAGCUCUGACUACACCUGACCUCGCGGACUGUGCUCCUAACCAUACAAACUCCAAGUCUGUUUACUGCGAGCGUACCAUUCAAUCACGACAGCUGAUUGGUCAGAAUGUUGACUCGGGCUCGGACGGCCACGACUUGUCCUGGUCACAUUAGCUCAAGUCUUCACCUGCCUCCGGCCUAGCGAGCGCGAGCUCAGCACAGCCCCAGGCGUCUGCGCAGCCGCCGCAUCAAGUGCAGGUGCUGCCAGUGUCCACAUCUACCUAUAUCCUUCGUUGCAUCGCGAACCGCCAUCUACAGGCCUUGAGAGGCAAGAACUCGCCACCAGAAUGCUGCAUCCGACCAACGCGUUCCGGGACUUAGACUCCAUUAAGCAGAAAGUCGCUGGCAAGCGUCCUGUUGUGUUCCUGGACUACGACGGUACUCUGUCGCCCAUUGUGGACGUACCCGAUCAUGCCUUCAUGGCGGACGACAUGCGUACUGCGCUCAGUGAGCUCUCGUCCAAGUUCGUGACGGCUAUUGUGACCGGCCGGUCCACGGAAAAGGUAUACAACUUUGUGCAGUUAGACAACCUCGUGUACGCUGGCAGCCACGGGUUCGACAUCAAAGGCACCAAGACGCGUCCUAUCAACUGCCAAGUUGCCGACCACUUCCGUCCCGAACUGGAGCAAGCGCUGCGUGACUUGGCGGCGCAGACCGCGCACAUCGCUGGGACCGAGUUGGAAGAUAACGGACUUGCCAUCUCAGUCCACUAUCGCCACGUUGACCCGGCGCUCCAAAAUGCCGUCGAGCAGAUCGUGGACGACUACGUGGCGUACCAUUCGGACCUGACCAAGAAAAUGGGCAAGAUGGUAUUCGAGUUGCGACCUCGGGUUGACUGGGAUAAGGGUCGCGCCGUCAUGUUCAUCCUGUCAGAAUUGGGACUAGAUGCAGAGGAUGUCGUACCCUUUUACUUAGGUGAUGAUGUUAGCGACGAGGAUGCUUUCAAUGCUUUGAAUGGCCGUGGACUCGGCCAGGGCAUUUCAAUCAUCGUACGAGACCCAGAGGCGGAGAAGGUGGAUCUUCCAGGCAAUCUGAAGGAAUUGCCAGUGACGAAGGCGUCAUAUUCUCUGCGUGACCCUGCGGAGGUGCAGCUGUUCCUCACUGAACUAGCGAGGCUGGAAUGUGCAUGGUAAAUUCUGGAUCCUCGGGCACUACCAAGCCUCUGAAGUAGAGCUAAGAGCUGUCGUCGAGUUAGCCGCCGUUCGUAUUGAUGCGUGACUAUGUAUUACCUGGUCAAACACUCAGGUAGACUAGUAUUGGCGAGCGUCGACAUCUACCACAUAACUAAAUGCGGUACCUUUCAUAUUUUGUUCAUGCUCACUGCAACUUGCCAUGAGUCAUCUGAUAACAUUCUGGGGGUC